AGAGAAAGAUUUAGGUCACUUUCUUGCCUCGUGGUAGUCGUGCAAAAUUGUGUUGUAAAAUAACUUCCACCAAUACUGAGAAAUUGUGGAGCAAAUGAAUUGGAAGCUCAUCAAAGACAAAAGGUUAAGGAAAUACUACGAACCUGGGGGACAUCACUUCAUUCUCUACAUUGAACUUUGUGGUUCGUUUGGCUUUGAUCGUUUUUCUCAGUCAACAAGCAGACAAAACUAACAACAUUUGAAGACUUUUUUUUUUUUUCCUUGUUGUUGUGGGUUUUUUUUAUUUUUAUUUUCUUAUUAUUUUUAUAGGUCGGUGAUGUUGUCUGCGUCUGAUAAAUAAACAUUUAAUUGAUCGAGAAAUGAUUUUUCUAAAAACAAAAGUUGGAUAACAGGGGAGAAUUACCCCACUUAAACGUUCACUGAAAACUUUGAAGUUUGAAGCCAAAUACCCAAUCUAACAAUUUUCACAUUCUCUGAGAGGGAAAAAGAAUUCAUGACACAGAAGUGAGUUUUGGAAAAGUGGACAAAGUUCUCAGAAAGUCGGCAUAUGAUAUAAAAAGCAAUGUUUAUUGGUUAAUGAAACAGUGAACAGUCACACUGUGGUGUGGUGUGGUGCGGCAGCGCCGCAGAAGCAAUUUGCUUAAUCCUAUCCGAAUUCCUAUUCCUGGGUUUGUUUUGUUCUUCGUCUGCAUACACAUAUUUGGUUGCAAUGGCAAAGCUUCAGGGUGCUUUUCUUCCUUCUAAUCCCUUCUUUGCCGACGCCUCUACUUCUCGCGAACCCAAGAGUUUCCAUUUAUCCAAAUUCAAAUUCCGGGUUUCCAUGGCUACAACCACCAGUUUCGCUGACACUUCAAUGUCAAACCAAAGAAGCCAACAAGCCCAGUUUCCUCUUACUGCUAAAAGGACCAGAAAACCUACUGAUAAUCGAAGAGCUGAAAGCAAUACUGGGAUUGCUUAUUACCUGUCUCUACUUAACAGUAACUGUGUAAGUGAUUUUAAGCAGGUUCAUGCUCUAGCUGUGAAGUUGAAUGCUUUUGAAAUGGAUUGUUAUAUUGCAAACAAGCUCGCUGUGUUGUACACUAGAAAUAUGGAGUCCUUGGACUACGCCCGUAAGUUGUUUGAUGAUAUGCCUAAACGAACACUUUCCGUUUAUUCAGCUUUGAUUAGUGCAUAUUGUCGGUUGGAGCAGUGGGAAGAUUUGUUUUUGGUUUUUGCAUUGAUGAUCGAUGAGGGCGUGCUUCCUGAUAAAUAUCUAGUACCUACUAUACUUAAAGCCUGCUCAGCAAUGCAGAUGACUAGAAGUGGUAAAAAGAUUCAUGGGUAUGCAAUAAGGAAAGGAUUGGAUUUGGAUGUUUUUGUUGGGAAUGCACUCAUUGAUAUGUAUGCGAAUUGUGGUGAUUUAAGACGUUCGACAAGUGUUUUUAAUUCAAUGGGUGCAAAGGACGUAGUAACUUGGACUGCCCUUGUUUCAGCUUACAUGGAUGAAGGCCUUCUGGAUGAGGCAACAGAAAUUUUUCAUUCAAUGCAGUCGAAUGGAGUCAAGCCUGACUUGAUAUCUUGGAAUGCACUUGUAUCAGGAUUUGCACGAAACGGGGAGAUUGAUUUGGCUAUUCAAUAUUUGGAAGAAAUGCAAGAGAAAGGGCUCAAGCCAAGGGUUAACACGUGGAAUGGAAUUAUAUCUGGUUGUGCCCAAAAUAAGUAUUUUGAAGAUGCUUUAGAUGCAUUCUAUGAUAUGUUAUGGUUUCCUGAAGUUCCAAAUUUUGUCACAAUUGCAAGCGUAUUACCUGCUUGUGCAGGCUUGAAAAAUCUUAACUUAGGCAGGGCAAUUCAUGGAUAUUCUCUUAAAAGGCAGCUUUGUAAUAAUGUUCAUGUGGAAGGUUCUUUAAUUGAUAUGUACUCAAAAUGUGGAAGGAACGAUUACAGCGAGAAGGUAUUUGUGGGGGCAGAAGUCAAAAACACUGCCAUGUGGAAUGAGAUGAUUGCAGCUUUUGUAAAUAAGGGGAAAAUGGAGGGGACGGUGGAACUUCUUAGGUUGAUGCAGAAUAAUGAUUCAAAACCUGAUUUGAUAUCCUAUAAUACAAUUUUGUCUGGCCUUGCAAGAAAUGGGCAAAAAGAUGAGGCAUAUGAGUUGCUCACUGAGAUGGUUAAGAUAGACCUAAAGCUAAAUAUUGUUUCUUUCAAUGUUUUAAUUUCUGGUUUUCAACAAUCAGGUCUUACUUAUGAAGCUCUGAAGUUGUUCCAGACCAUGCAAUCUCCAUCCAGUGGUUGCUUUUUAAAUGAUGUUCUCAUGGAGUCUAUUCAACCAAACUCUAUCACAAUUACUGGUGCUCUUGCAGCUUGUGCUGAUCUGAAUUUAAAACAGCAAGGGAAGGAAAUCCAUGGUUAUGCAUUGAAAAAUGGCUAUAAGAAUAUCUAUGUCUCAAGUGCAUUGAUUCACAUGUACUCAAAAUGCCAUGACACUGUUUCAGCAACCAAAUUAUUCAGGAGAACUGAGGGUAGAAAUACAAUUUGCUGGAAUGCUUUGAUUGCAGGCUAUGUUGACAAUAUGCAGCCUGAGUGUGCUCUUAAACUUUUCCAUGACAUGUUGGCAGAAGGCCUUGAACCAAGCUCAAGUACUUUUAUGGUACUUCUACCUGCAUGUGGUGAUAUGGCAGCCUUGAGAAGUGGGAGACAACUACAUGGCUAUAUGUUAAAGAGUCAAUUAGAUGAAUCCAACAAUACUCUUGCACUUGCCCUGGUUGGUAUGUAUGUCAAGUGUGGUAGUAUAUUGGAGGCCAAAUCCGUUUUCGACUUGCAAAUUAAUGAAGAUGUUGGUCUAUGGAAUGCCUUGAUUUCUUCUUAUAUGGAUCAUGGAAUGACUCAAAAUGCCAUUGCCUCAUUUGAACAAAUGGAAUUAUCAAGGAUGAUGCUUGAUUAUUAACCUUUAUUUGGAGUUCUUUCAA